UCUUCUUUCCAUCGUUCUCCUCUGUGCUCUCUUUGUUCUCCUUCCCACCGCCACCGUUUUCAGCCAUUUUUCCUUUGGUUGUCACUGUUUCUUUUCUCCCCUCCCUUCAUCCCCUUCUUGGGCAUGAUUGGGUUCGUGAGGAACCCAGAGACGAUCUGGGUUCGUCAUGAACUCAGAAUGCCUCUUUCAUCCUCUUUCAUCCUCUUUCAUUCAGUACUCCAUAAUUAAAAGCAACAUUAAAUUUCAGAAGAAAUGCCACUGUUUCCUCCAUAAAUCUACUUUACAUUAUUUCUAUCCUCUGCAAAAAGCAUGUGUGAAUCACCAUGAAUGAGAGAGUUAGCAUACAUCUUCCUGCAAAAACAAGGAAUUAAUAAUGAACAUUAUGGGUUUGCGACAAUGAAUCACCAUGAAUCAAACUGGAUUCUAACAUAAAUAUAUUCAACAAAUUUUACCUAAUCUAUAGCAAUAAAGAAAUGGGUUUGCGACGAACCCAGAAGAGAUCUGGGUUUGCACCGAACCCAAAGCAGACCUCGGUUCGUGACAAACCCAGAGCAAACUUGGGUUCGCGUCGAACCCUGAACAGAGCAGACCUGGGUUCGCGACGAACCCAGACCCAGAGCAGAUUUGGGUUCGCGUCGAACCUAGAGCAGACUUGGGUUCGCGUCGAACCCAAAGCAGAGCAAAGCAAACUUGGGUUCGCGACAAACCCAUAUCUGCUCUGGGUUCGACGCGAACCCAGAGCAAAGCAGACUUGGGUUCGCGACAAACCCAGAUUUGCUCUAGGUUCAUCGCGAACCCAAAGCAAAUCUAGGUUCCUCAUGAACCCAGUCAUGGCCAAGCUAAUGAGGGGGAAGGGGAGGAAAAAUGGCUGGAAAUGGUGGACGAACCCAGAUCGUCUCUGGGUUCCUCAUGAACCCAGUCAUGGCCAAGCUGAUGAAAGGGAAGGGGAGGAAAAAUGACUGGAAAUGGUGGCGGUGGCAAGAUGAACAGAGAAAGCACAAAGGAGAACCAUGGCAAGAACAAUAAAUUAAGGGCAUUUUA